GGUUCCUUCUGAGCACGUGUAGCCUGGCGAACCGAUGAUGACAAGAAGCGAAUGCAUCACGUGCAAGCAGGAAAUGUAUUUCGAAUCAUCUGUGGGGGACGACUUCUCAAUGAGAACGACGAUCGAGACGUUCCGUUGCGUGAAGUUUGAUAGCGCGGAUCGUACACUACAGUCUGAGUGAAUCUCCGAUCGUGGAUUUGUUCGCGGCAAAAUUGUGAGUGACAGUUUGAUGCGCCGCGAUCUGCAAAUUGUGCACGCGGCCGAUUGAAACGAAAUAAAUCGUAUUAAACUUUAGAAAAUGCGAGCGAUGGCGAGUAUGCGUGUGAUCUGAUUGAAUCACUUAAAGUAAAUGAAUUGAUAAUAAAUUAUCGGUGACUAUCGGUGGCAGAUUGAAUUGCAGCCCGUUAGAAUUGAGUUAAUCGUGACCAAGAAGUUUCAGUCUUCUUAGAAAAGCAAUUAAGGAGAUGGGAUUAAGGAGGCGAUUCAACCAUAAAGCCGUACUAGUUAACUACUAGUUCAUUAGGUCCGACUCUCCCGAGAGAUUGUUAAACUGCAGGUUGUCUCGCUAACAAACAAAGUUGAUUCGUGCUUCGGAAUUGUUGUACCUGAGAGAAUUUUUGGCCAAAUAACAUGAAACGAGUUUUGGUAUAAUGAAAGGAAUUGCUCGUGGAAUGCAGAAUCGAGUUGCGGCGAAUUUAAUCGCGUGUGUUGAUCAAUGAUUCGUAUAGAUUUUGAAUAUGAAUACGCGGGAUGCUUGUGUGAUUGUUGCUACAUCUGCUGAUAUCGGAACACGCGAAGCAUUUUAUUUGAAAUUGAAUAGCAAAUAUUUCGUGCAGAUUUCAAUCUCUCGAUGAUUCUUCUCGCGAGCACGAGAAACGCUACAGAUAUUGCUACGGUAGACACAUUCUUAUUUCCGACUCGCCAAUUGAUAAGUAAUUUAUUGUGAAAAAUUGCACGGAAUUGGAAACACAUAGAAUUCCAUCACGUUAUAAAAUUUCCAACAAGAUAAUAUGAAAAGAAUGAGCAAAUUUAAUGUUAUAUAGUUUUUAUAUGAAAAUGGAUUAAUAUAUAUUUUUUUAUUAAAUUGAAUCGUAUAAAAAAAUUCUGAAGUAAAAAGUGCCCAAUGCAGAUCACAUCGUUUUAUUUGAUGAAUAUGACUAGUUCAUUUAGUUUAGCAAACGAACGGCACAAUUCUGUUAAACGAGUCACCCGUAAAGCUACAUCUAAAGUGUGAGAAAGUUAAUAAUGUUAAUCGGACGUGAAAUACGCUUCCCGGGGCGCGAAUCCUCGUCGAACUUGUAGAAGAUAAACAUUCGUCCGGGGCUUUUCGCAAAUUAACAUUCCCGCCGUCCGAUCUAUUUGAUCGAGGGUGUUAAAUAGAUUCUUCGUUUUAAGUGAAGAAACUAAUCAGUACGUUUCGCGGGGGCAAGCAAUUUCUCGCGAUCUCGUUGCGGGAUCUCUCCUCGACGCACCGUAUUGAGAUAAUUAAUGGUGAAUGUACCGCGACGGAGGGACUUGAUGAUGUCACUUAACAUUUCCGAUCCGGCGAAAGUGGUGGUUAUCUUAAAGCAGGCAAAAACGUUGAGCCGUGUUCGCGUCGCGAGACGCCGUGGUGCCGUCGCGCAUCUGCGAUUCCUGAUGGAUUUUCACGGGCCGCAUCCCGACGCACGACAAUCCGCCGUCGAAACGCGCGAAACUCCGGCGUCGAUAAUUAUCGCGGCACGGCGGAAAGUGUUGCCGACGUAAAAUUAAAAUUCCUCCUUUGCAAAAAAAGCAAGAGAAACCGACGUGACGGUACUUGUACGUAAGACCUGUAAAUACCGUGACUUAAACAUCAAAUCUCCCCUUCUCCCCUCCGUCUAACGAGUGAAGAUACGUGAUAGCGUGAACGUAUCGAGUCGCGAGGAUACGCGAUCGCGAGGGGAUUUGUGAAAUAAAUCAAACAGUUGCGGAAACCGGCGGGAGAACGAACGACGAAAGAACAAGGCGAGGGUGCGAUCUUGGCUUACGCUCUUGAAAAAGAUGUUGACAACGAUGUCUACCGUCGCGUUCGAAUUGAAUUCAUCCUAUUACACGACGGCAAUCGGCAACAGCGCGCUCGACGGAUUCUCAGUAAUCGAGUCGGAGAACGCUACUUCCGCGCUGUACAUGCUGCCCGCCUACAUUCGAACCACUUCGAUGAUAGCGUGUAUCAUCGUGAUGAUACUGGGAAUAGUUGGCAAUCUCAUGGUGCCGUUAGUCGUGCUGCGAGGUAAAGACAUGAGGAACAGCACGAAUAUCUUCCUGGUGAAUCUGAGCGUCGCUGACCUCUGCGUUCUCGUGAUCUGCACGCCUACCGUGUUAAUUGAAGUCAACUCGGGCCCGCAAGUUUGGCCGCUCGGCGAGCACAUGUGUAAAGCUGUUCCAUUCGUGGAAUUGACUGUGGCUCAUGCUUCGGUUCUCACAAUUUUAGCCAUCAGUUUCGAACGCUAUUACGCAAUUUGUGAGCCUUUGAGGGCGGGAUAUGUAUGUACAAAGGCAAGAGCGACGUUUCUUUGUUUCUUGGCGUGGGUGGCAGCAGCGCUAUGUACAAGUCCGAUGAUCUGGGUAUCGCAGUAUCGCGAAAUGAGGAUGACGAGCUACGGCAUCGCGCACGAUAUCGUUACUAACGUCGGGAGAGAUCAGCAGUCGGCGAGUCAGGUGAAUCGCGUGCCGGUGUGCCUGACGCAGGCCGACACGGUCGCCAGCGUGACGUUCUUCCUGCUGCUGGUACUGCUCUUCUUCAUCGCGCCAUUUGUGAUACUCGUGGUACUGUAUUCGUUUAUCGUGAGUCACCUGAUCCGCGACUCGUCGACGACGUCUGGCGGCACCAGCGACUCGUAUCAUAGCCGGGCCAGGAGACAGGUGGUGUACAUGUUGCUGACGGUAGUCGUGAGCUUCUUCGUGUGCCUGUCGCCCUAUCGGCUCCUCAUCUUCUACAUCGUGAUAGCGCCCGCCGAGCAAAUAGCCGCGAUCGAUUACGACACUUUCUUCUGUCUGCUCAACUUCUGCAGGAUCAUGUUCUAUCUGAAUAGCGCCGGCAAUCCGAUACUGUACAAUCUAAUGAGUAGCAAGUUCAGACGGGGUUUCCUGAAACUAUGCGGUUUCGAGAGCGAGAGGAGCACGGUCACACACAGGAGCACGGUCAUCGGUGUGAGGAGGGUCACGACGAAGCAGCAGGAGGACCUAAAUCAGGAAGAGAACUUUUUAUAAUCGAAUUCAGUGACACAAUGCGACUGUGAUUCACAAUUCCUACGUACAAAAAAAAAAGAUUAAUGACAUAUUAGUUAGAAUAUUAGAUAAGAAUUAGCAUUAAACGUAUUUCUUUCAAAAUUGGAGAAUCGCUCAAUCUGCAUAGUAUAUUUAAAGAUAUACUAAAAGAAAAUAUGGAAGUGUUGAAAAAAAUGUGUAUGCAGUGCGAAAGGAUAUAAAGACAUUAAAGAGAAUUAUACUUAUACUGGCUAUAAGAGAUAAAUGUUAAAAGUAUUGGAAAAUUAUACUUACUUAUUACAACAAUGAAUAUAGGAACAAUGAACAAUUAUAUUUGUUAUAUAAAGAAACAUGGAGAUAUCGAAAAACUAUACAUUUUUGUAGAAGAAGCAUUAAGGAAUUAUGAUUUGUAUAUAUUUCUCAUUGUACUAAAUUUUUGGAAGAAGCUUAAGGUUUCAAUAGAGAGAAGAGAAGUGCUGUGUUAAAGAUCGGAGACUUGUACGAGAAAAACUUUUGCAACAUUCUAUGAGAUAUUAAACUUUACGAACUUUCAUGGAAGUUGCGCUCGAGAUUGAAACGAGCGAUCUACGCGGAUGCACUCGGAAAGUUUCAACUUUAAAUGGUGUGAUCUCAUUAUCAGUAUUGCAGACGAUUAAAUGGGAUAUGAAGCGCUAAAUUUGUAUCAGAUGUUACACAAGCGUUUCUUAUAUUUCUUUGACGCAAAGAUAUAUAAAAUUAUCGGAACA